AUCCCCAAUUUGGCAAUUACAAGCCCUAAUUGCGAUUCAGCACCCCCAAAUUCGAAACCCUAACUCCAAUUGCAAAUCUAGUGCAGAGGAAAGAAGAGGUUCGCGGCAUUGCAGGAAGAAGUUCGAGGCUAGGUAGUCGAUUUACAGUUCAAUUGCAGAGGAAUGAAGAAGAUCGAGGCUGACCACUCCAAUUACAGUGGAGAACGACGUUCGAGGCUUUGGAGGAAGAAGUUGGAGGUUGGACACUCGAAUUAUAGCUCAAUCGUUGAGGAAGGAAAAAGUUCCAGUUCUGGCUUGGGCAACUCCGGUAGCUUGGGUACGUCAGGCAGCUUGGGCACUUCUGGCAGCUUGGGCACCUCAGGGAGCUCAGGCUUCUGUAGGGUUGGUAUCUCAGGUACUUUGGGUGGGGAUGGGAUCUCGGGCAUUGGCAGGGAAGGGAUUUCAGGUUUGGGCAGGGUUGGAAUAGAGGGAAACUCAGGCUUGGGCAAUUCAAGGAUCUUGGGAAGCUCAGUGUCUAGAAGGCGAUGGGAAGCGAGCACCCCAUUUCCGCUUAUCAAGCACUAGCCGAUGAACAAGAAAGGACAAAGGACUGAUUUUGGUUGAAUCACCAUAGCAGAGGAAUCGAGUUCUUGAGUCUUUGUCUAGAGAAGGUUUAAUGUUAGGAGAAUUUUGAGAAUUUUGGAAUGGCAAAGGACGGCAACGGCGCCGUUUUUGGCAAUUUAUGGGUCAUUAACAGAGUUAAGUCCA